AUGGCAUCGUCGUCCGAUUCUUCCGUCGACCUUGCCACUGUUGACGCACUCGAGUUGCUGCCUGACAACUCUGUUGCUAAUUGGCACUCUUAUGCUCAUUCCGUUGAGGUGCUCCUCUCCUCUGUUGUGGUCAGCGGCUACAACCUUCGCUCAGCUGUCUUUCAGGAAGGCAGUGAACUUCAGCCCGUGGCCCCCACCGCUCCUACUGGACCUGCCCCCGCCCACCCUGGCGCCGAGCCCUCUCCCCCCGGUGAUCCUCCCACCUUCGCGCCUAAUGUCAGCGACCCGCAGAGCUCGGAAACCGCCAUUCGCACCUACCGCACCAAUCUCCAAGAGCACCUGCGCCUGCAAUUGCGUUACGAGGACGACAGGCGCAUCUAUGACGAGGCCGCUGCCCGCUACAACACGUACCUGGAGGACCUGGACACCUACACUGCAGAACUUGCAGACUACACCACGAAAAUUAAUGCCUGGCGGGUUGCUGAUCGGCGUGCGCUUGCCAUUCUUCUCGCCACCAUCCUCUCCUCCCUCAAACGCGAGCUCUCACCUACCUCCUCCUCCCACCUGUGGCGACUGCUAGUCGACCUUUUCGAUCGGCAGGACGUUGCCACUCUUUACACCCUUAUCAAGGAGUUUGGAACUCUCUCCAUGGAUUCCACUUCUGGCGCAGCUGCUUUCACUUGCCGUGUCUUAGACCUUGCUCGGCGCCUUGCAACACUCGAUGUGCGCGGCGGCCAAACCACCCAUGCCACUGAGACGUGCUUCAAGGCACUCAGUGAUGAGUGGUUUGCCCGUGGCAACACCGGCACCCCUCCUCGCUGGUCCGCCCUCAACCCUCGCCCCACUCCCCUUGAGGUCCGUUCCUCUCCCCUUUAUGAACCUCCCUCCUCCACCCACGCCCACCAGGCCCUCGCCCCUCCCCAGCAGCAGCACCAGCAGCAGCAACAGCAGCAGCAACUUGGGAAUCAGCAGCAGGGGUCAUAG